AUGGCAGACAACAAGCAAGAAGCUGAGGGUACUAUCGCAAAUAUUCCCGUCAAAGAGGCCGAGCAGAUGUCUUUUUCCCCUCGCGAAUCCAUCGCCGAAAGCGAUUCCCAAGAAUCGCCCGAUCUCCCGCCUCAUGAGCGAAAAUCCGUUACGCGGGUCCCCGUAACUCCGGGCAUACAAUCCACGACCUACCUGUCACGAAUGAGCGGUGACUCUACCAAAACCCCUAGCCCGAAUUAUUUCGCGAAGGACCCUAUAAAGCAGGGGAACAGUAGUUUUGCCAAUGCGCCUCAAACACAAUCGUACGCCGAGGCAAUAUCUCCUUCAGACCUAGUAAAAGGUGCUACCUCAGAUCAUGAGGUGCUACGGCGAAUGAGCGUAUCGUUGAAGGGGCGCAGAGAGAGUAUCUCGGAAAUUAAAGCUGCCGCCCCUGAUCUAGCGCUCAGCGGUAACAUUAUCUCGGUUACUUUUACGACCCCUCACUCCUUGAAAUACCAUAAAAGCGGUGAAUGGGAAUUGGGCUAUCGCCGCGGUCAAUCGGCUCUUAUCGAUUCGUUUUCCUACCUUUCAUCCGAUGAAGCACCGUGGAAUCACACCGUAGUUGCAUGGACGGGUGAAAUCGAAUCACCCUCAGACACAUUAUCCGCGUCGGACAUUAUCCCCGAUACCACCGCUAAUAUUCCUGGCUUGAGCCAUCUUUCUGCCCCGAUUCCGCUAGACGGAGAAACGCCUCCAACACCGCCUGAGGUCGACGGUCUAUGGAUUCCGCAAGAGCACCAAGCGAAACUAGAGCAGCAACUUGCUCAUGACAAGCGCAUUAAGACAGUUCCAGUAUGGCUUGCCGAUGAUACGGAGACAAGCGACGACGGCAUAACAUUAAACGACCAAGCGCGAUGGAGGCGGUAUGCCGAACACACGAUAUAUCCGCUAUUCCACUACAAGCAACAUGAACCUAAUGAUGGUCGGUCGGAGCGCAUUGAAUGGGCCGACUACUUCCGCACCAACUUGAAAUUCGCCAAUAAGAUUAUUGAGAUUUACAAGCCAGGAGAUAUUGUGGUUAUUCAUGACUAUUAUCUCCUAUUGCUCCCUAGCAUGUUGCGACAGCGAAUUCCUAACAUGUAUAUCUCAUUCUUUCUCCAUUGUCCAUUCCCUAGCAGCGAAUUUUUAAGGUGUUUGCCGCGGAGAAAAGAGGUUCUUGAGGGUAUGCUUGGUGCGAAUCUCGUCGGUUUCCAGUCAUACAGCUAUUCGCGUCAUUUCGCGAGCUGUUGUACUCGUAUUCUUGAUUUCCCCUCAGACUCCGUUGGCGUCGAUGCGUACGGCGCCCGAGUGGAAGUCGGCGUAUUCCCCAUCGGCAUCGAUGUGACCAAGGUGGAACAAAUGGCCUGGACUCAAGACGUGUCGGAGAUGUACGACGCUCUUAAGGAACUUUACAAGGGCAAGCAGAUCAUUGUAGGACGUGAUCGACUGGACAGCGUGCGCGGCGUCGCUCAAAAGCUCAUGGCAUUCGAGAGGUUCCUUGAACUCUACCCCGAUUGGCGAGAAAAGGUGGUGUUAAUCCAAGUCACCUCGCCAAACACCAUUGAAGAAGGGGGAGAAGAGCCGGAGAACAAGGUGGCUAGUAGAGUUAAUGAGUUAGUAAUGAGGAUUAACGGAACGUAUGGUAGUCUCGGGUUUUCGCCGGUGCAACAUUACCCGCAAUAUCUAUCGGCGGAAGAGUAUUUCGCAUUGCUGCGAGCGGCAGACAUUGGCCUGAUCACCUCGGUCCGAGAUGGAAUGAACACGACUAGUUUAGAAUAUGUUGUGUGUCAGCGCGACACGCAUGGCCCGCUUAUCCUUUCGGAGUUUAGCGGGACUGCGGGUAGCUUGCGCGAUGCGAUUCAUAUAAAUCCAUGGGACCUCACCGAUGUUGCCCACCAAAUCCACAACGCACUCACCAUGUCCGCCGAAAAGCGUCUUGCCAUGCAGUCGAGUCUCUACCAGCAUGUCACCACACAGAACGUCCAGAGCUGGAUUGCUAAAUUCUUACGGAAGCUCGUGGGCACGCUAGCAUCCACCAAGAACCAGAAUGUCACACCAUUAUUAGACCGCACGGCCAUGCUAAAGCGAUACCGCGAAGCUAAUAAGCGACUUUUUAUGUUCGACUAUGAUGGCACACUCACGCCUAUUGUUAGAGAUCCCCAAGCUGCCAUUCCCUCAGAGCGUGUGAUUCAAACAUUGAAAGCACUAGCAGCGGAUCACCAGAAUGCGGUGUGGAUUAUUUCUGGCAGAGAUCAAGAAUUCCUACAACAACACCUAGGUCAUAUUUCGGAACUCGGUUUCAGUGCUGAGCAUGGAAGUUUCAUCAGACAUCCAGGCAGCGAUAAUUGGGAGAACUUGGCGGAGAAGCUAGAUAUGAGCUGGCAGGCAGAUGUGGUUGAAAUCUUCCAGAAAUAUACCGAUCGCGUGCCUGGUUCAUUCAUUGAGCGCAAGCGUUGCGCACUGACCUGGCAUUACCGCCAAGCCGAUCCUGAACAAGGGUUACACUCAUCUCAAGCGUUACACAAGGAACUAGAAGCUACAGUCGUUAAGAAGUGGGACGUGGACGUAAUGAAAGGUAAAGCUAAUCUUGAAGUGCGACCAACAUUCAUCAAUAAGGGUGAAAUCGCUAAACGCCUAGUCAACGACUAUAACUCCGAUAUGACACACAUUUCUGCAUCUGGGAAGCCUACCUCGCAGGGUGGAAAGGGCAAGGAAGAAAAGUUAGAUUUUGUUCUAUGUAUGGGUGAUGAUUUUACCGAUGAGGACAUGUUUCGAGCUUUGAAUGGUCUCAGCGGCACUCAAGUUGAGAGCAAGCACGUCUUCACCGUUACUAUUGGGGCAAGUACGAAGGUUACUCUCGCUAAAUGGCAUAUGCUAGAGCCGGAGGAUGUGGUCGAGGCCAUUGCCCUUCUUGCCGGAGUUGGUCUGAGCGGUGAGGCUCAUGAGCAACUCAGUCAAGUCAACCUAGCGACUGUCGCCGGUUUAGAGGGACACGUGCCCGAAUGA